AUGCAUCUAGUGAGCUGUCAAGCCACGCGCCCCCCUCCAAAAGGCCACCGUAACCGCAACCGCCACCCAAAACGCGCCACCACAGCCACCAAGGUCAGCCAAGACGUCCUCGACAGAAUCCAAAAAGCCUUUACGCGAAGCAAGCACGAAGCGGCCAAUGAAUCCGAAGCCAAAGCCGCCAUAUUCGUGGCCACCAAGCUCAUGCGCCUCCACAACGUCACCUACGCAGACAUUCUCGCCAACGACACUGAAAACAGCAACAAAGAGAAGUACGGUGGAAGCAGCGAGAUUUCCAUCACGCACACCACGCCUUUCAAACGGCCCCAGCACGAGACAUUCGUCAGGAGACUAGCCUGUGCAAUGUCUAUCUUCUUCGAUUGCAAGUGUUAUUCUACUGAGCGGCGGAUGGCGAUCGUGUAUACGUUUUAUGGCAUUGCGGAGAAUACAGUGGCAGCGGCGCAGGGGUUUGAAAUGGCGCAUAAUCAGAUUUUGUUGUGGUCGGGAGCGUAUAAGGGUCGGUCGUCGACGUUUAGUUAUCGGCUUGGGGUGGCGGAUGGGUUGGUUUCAAUGGCUUAUGAGGAGAGAAAUCGGGAGUUGAUGGAGGUGAGGAGGAAGGAGCUGGAUAUGAUUGCUGCGAGGGAGCGUGAAGAGAGGGAUCAGCGUCAGCGGGAGGUGGGGAGGUUGGAGAGGUUGGAGAGGUUGCCGUGGAAUGAGGAUUCGGGGACCGAAGAUGAAGAAUUUUCGGGCGGGAGUCUUGGUGAAGGGAUUGGUGGGAUUGGUGAUGGGGCUGUGGAUAUGGACGAGGCUGGGGAUCACGAGAAGGCUGACUUCAACGAAGAUGAUGAGAAUGUCAUCGAUCUAACCGGUGACAUUGACGACAAUAUCAACAGGCUGAUCAAGACGGAGGAGCCGGAGACUUUCAGCUUUUCUGCUCCGCCCAGCACCACGGUGAAGUCUGAGAAGAAUGUAUCUCCUCCUGCAGCUGUCAAGAAGGAAGAGCCAGCGGCCUCCCCUUGGGCAUCCGAGAUGCAGUUGACCAGGUUCCGUGCAUCAUCUGUGCAAGUUGCAGAGGACUAUCUCAAGGAUCAUAAGAUUAAGCUGAGCUACAGGAAGCCACGCCAAACCGCUGCUAAAGACAGGGACACUUAUCAGCAGGGCCGCAAGGAUAGUAAGGACGUCGAGUUUCGUUGA